AUGACGGCCACCGGUGCACAGAGUGAGGGGAAGGCCGAUGUUUACAAAGAAUUGGACAAAUUCGGGAAGUUUCAAGUGUUCCAAUAUAUUUUAAUAUGUUUACCUUUAAUGAUGGUUUCCAUGAUUCACGUGAAUUAUAUUUUCGUGGCUGAAGAUGUGGACCAUAGGUGCCGCGUUCCAGAAUGCGAAGAUGCUAAUCCAUCUGUGGAAAUACCGAAGUGGUGGCCUCAAAAUGUCGACGCCAAAUGUUUCCGACCAGUUCUGGACAUGCAGCGAUACCGGAGAUCAAACCAAACGUGUUCAAAUAACACGUUCCUUGAAGUAUUGGAAGAAUGCCACGACUGGGUUUUUGAGAAUAAUAAUUCUAUAGUUGCCGCGUUGAACAUGGGUUGCGAGUCAUGGAAAUCUACACUAGUUGGAUGCAUCCACAACGCAGGGAUGAUAGUGUCAAUGUUGAUAACAGGCUGGAUAGCUGAUAAAAUCGGAAGAAAACCCACAAUAAUAGCGUGCUCAAUUGGUGGCACCAUAGGAUUAGUGAAAAUAUUCAUUACGAAUUACUACGCGUAUCUGGCUGUGGAAUUUCUGGAAUCCGUCCUGGCGUCUGGUCUCUAUACGGUGGCCGUUGUGUUGUUAAUCGAAGUCGGUGGCGAAAGCAAAAGAGUAUCAGCAGGAGUUAUUUUCUCGUACGCCGUAUACGUAGGAGAAGUGUGCUUCGCGUUUAUCGCUAUGGGACUAAAAUACUGGAAGCUACUUAUCAUCGUAGCUUACUCUCCAAUGAUUUUAUUCAUCAUGUAUAUAUUCCUACUUCGGGAAAGUACCAGAUGGCAGAUGUUGAGGGGUAAGAUGGAUGAAGCUAAAGACACACUGAAGAUGAUAACAAGGUGUAACAAACUAGAAGUGUCUGAGACAGAAAUCUCUGAAACUAGCAACGAAGACCUUCGCUUCCAGUUCAAUGUUGUCAUUCAAAAAGAGAAGGAAAGAAUGAAGGAUAUUUUGGCAUCAAAGGAGAUAAUGAUACGCUUAUCUGUGACCUCAUUCUGUUUCUUUGCCUCCAGUUUUAUAUACUAUGGCAUGGCGGUUCAUGCUGUUCUGUUACCAGGGAACAAGUACACCAAUUUCGUUUUAGCGGCGCUCUCUUCGUUUCCCGGAGAUAUGAUAGCGUUAUUUACAUUUAACAGAUUCGGAAGAAAAAUAUCUCUGCAAUGUGGAUACAUUUCAUCAGCUGUAUUCUUGUUAGCGCAGACGUAUACGCCCGAUUCAAUUAUGUGGCUGAAGGUAGCUCUCUUCCUGUGUGGAAAACUGGGUGUCGUGGUAUGCUUCACCGGAACCUACACGUACACUUUGGAAUUAUUCCCGACGAGUGUCCGCGGGACCUUAAUCGGUUGCGGCAACACUGCUGCAAGAUUUGGAAGUAUGCUCGCCCCACUCACACCUCUUUUAUCAGCGGAGAUGGCGACCCUGCCGUCAAUACUCUUCGCUGCAGUCGCUAUAAUAGCUGCAGCCUUCCUCACCUUCACUCCAGAGACCAAGACUUUACCAAUGUUCGAUACAAUAGCUCAAAUCGAGAGUCACAAAUCCAAAGUUAUGACACAUUUAUAA